CUCUUUGGUUUUGCUGCUUCUAGUAAAUUUUUGUCUCCGUGAAAAUUAACCAUGUUAUCUUCAUCAUUCUUGAUCAUUUUGGUUUGCUUUUUGGCUGCAAGCGAAGCAGUAGUUCUCUCUGGAAUCCUGUUGAAGGCUUAUUGUGAAAUUUCUCAACAUUUAAAUCGACAAGGGCGAGAUCCUAUUAAAAUCGGCAAGAAUCUAUUAUCAACUACUGAUCCAGUAGAGAAUUACUUGUUCCAAGCUAUUGCCAAAAGCUAUGAAUGUGCAGCAAAAGGAUCAACUUACAAUAUCGUAGAUUCAACCAAUAUGAUGUUAUUGAUUGUUGACGUACCCGAUUGGGCAUCAGCAAAUUCUUGUACUCCUGGACCAGCAAUGGACUCUCUUCGGGUUGAUAAAAAUGUUUGUAACUUGAUUGAGUUCCCCAAUUUAUUGGAUACAUUUGAUGAAACUCAGGUGAAAGAUUUUCUUAAAAAUUUCCAAAACCAGGUCUCCACCGUAUUACAAAACAAAGCAAGCAAUUCAACAUCUAGAGUAUAACAAGAAAGCAAGAAUCCAG